CUAGUCACAGACGACCAGUACGCGGCCAUACUGAGCUUGUAUUCCGUUAUCGGUAUAAUGACGUCAUUGUUCGGACUUGUUACCAACGCCAUCAACUUCAAAAUAUUUGCUGUCAUGGGAACGAAGGACGGCAUCACGGUGUCAUUCUUGUUUUUGUCGUCUGCUGAAUUCGUCUGCUUUUGGGCGGCGCUUGGGCAAGAACUGUCUAUUGUCUGUGGUGUCACAGAAAUAUUGAGUAAACACAAAAUUUCACUUUAUAAUUAUCCCACCGCUUUUGGAAUUUACUUUGGAAGUAUUCGCACUUGCCUGUUCACAAUUCCUGUUUUGAUUACAUUGUACCUAUCCGUAGCUAAGUGCGUGUGUGUUGUCAGACCAUUGCAUUUCAAAAACAUGUUUUCGGUGAGGACAACAGUGAUCAUUAUGUCCGGCAUAUGCGUUUGUGCAGUUCUUAGUUAUCUGCCGAUAUUUUGCACAACUGGAAUCAUGUGGGUCCACGAUAAGAAGACUAACGCGUCACGCAUCGCCAUGGCCACGUCACCCUAUCGGGAUAUCAUUAAAAACGUCGUUUGGACCGCCAGAGAUUCAGUCCCAAGCAUCGCGUCUCAGGUCAUCGUCAUCGUCUGUAUAUAUUUAAUGAUCGGAUCUCUAAGAAAAGCGGCCCGGUUUAGAGGGUUGUCGUCAUCAGGAACAGUUUUAGAACCGUCGAAAAAUAGCACUCACAAAAAUAACGAACAUGAAAAAGCCAGACUGGGCGGCGCGGAGGUGCAGGUAAUCAAACAGGUGGUCGUCAUCUCGGUGGUCUACAUUGUUGGUAACACGCCUAAGAUUGCGAUCAUCCUGGCGUCCUCCGUUGUACCGGAUCUCAAUCUGGGUCACCGCUUUCAGAACCUGUACAUCGUCCUGACCAACACGAGGGAACUCAUCGAGAUGAUAUUCUCAGCUGUCAAUAUCUUUAUUUAUUAUAAUUAUAAUUCUAAAUUUAAG